AUGGGAAAAUCCGAAACAAAUACACCUAGUGCGACCAGUUCAAAUUCAUCGGACGGUGGUUCCAAAACAAUAGGCAAAAAUUUACAGGCGGAGCCAGUCAAAGAGAACUCCGAUUAUUCAGGACAUCCGUCAAAUCAAAAUUCUGCCAACCUUUCCGGCUCGCACGUCUCCACUACAUUGUCUUCGUCAGUGCCGACUACUUUCGUCACCAAGUCGGAUUCGGUGUACGUUGCACCUAAUUCACAGGCACUACCCCAGCAGCUUCCUAUGUCGUCGACCACAUCAGGAUCAGCCGCUGCCGCGGGUGCCAAUUCUUCAGCUUCUCAACCUCGCCGACGGAUCAGCGACAUUGUGGACAAAUUGCGGGCUAAAUCCUCCAGUUCGUCGUCUAGUACAUCGGGAUCCGGUGCAACUUCGGCCGGCCCUGAUGGUCCCGUUGCACCUGAGAUUGAUCGAUCUAACCCUUCCUGCGAACCAUUUGAAACAACUGCCUCGCAGAGUGCCAGCGGACAGUCGGAUCAACGUGGGGAUAACAUAUUCGAAAAGUUUUGUUCUAGUGCUCCCACACCAACAGACUCCAAACAAUCAGGUCAGGGUGACGGAGCCCACAGAAGUCCCGUUUUCAGUGCCGAGGUGAACAUCGGGCAAGGUUCCAGUUCGAAUCAAACUUCACCGUAUCACGCCGCCACAGAUGAUGGUCCUGUGGAUGGAACGACUACUACCGGAAAUUCGGAUGAGCGCCCGGUCGAUGAUGAGCCAACUAAUGGAUCUACUACGAGCUCGAAGCCGAAAUCCAAACAAUACGAGGUCAGUCAUCCGAUUUAUGUUCAUUUUGGUCCGAUUUGGCAUUGA